AUGCGGUCUUCCGCGAGACUGCUCUAUGCAGCAGUGUUUGCAUUUGCUGGUUUGAGCCAUGCCGGCAUACAUAACCCUUCACUGGACCCAACAAAGUGUGCUCUUGAACCUUCAGCCAUGGUGUCAGAUGCCUGCGUCUCAUAUGGCGAGCUCAACGGCAUGAACGACCUGGUUUUCACGACGAUCAACUCCCUCACGCAGGAAACAGACUUCUUCUCUUACUACCGCCUCAACCUAUUCAAUAAGGAGUGUCCCUUCUGGAGCGAUGCCAAUAGCAUGUGCGGCAAUAUCGCCUGUGCCGUGAACACUAUUGAUUCAGAGGAAGAUAUUCCGUUGACCUGGCGCGCGGAGGAACUUAGCAAACUAGAGGGCCCCAAGGCCAACCAUCCACCCCGCAAGAUCCAAGCGGAGCGUCCGAAAGAACGCCCACUCCAGGGAGAGCUGGGUGAAGAUGUCGGCGAGAGUUGUGUGGUGGAAUACGACGACGAAUGUGACGAACGAGACUACUGUAUCCCUGAGGACGAGGGUUCCGCCGGGAAGGGAGACUAUGUGAGCUUGGUGGACAACCCGGAGCGAUAUACAGGAUACACUGGAGCAGGCGCAAACCAAGUGUGGAAUGCGAUCUACAACGAAAACUGUUUCUUGAAGCCCGUUGCUGAUGAACUGGAUGAGCAGUCGGUGAACGUCCCGAUGGGCGGCCUCCAGGCAGCCUCUGACUUCCGCAACGUGCUCCACAAGGAGUCGCAGAGAAAAGAAGGCCUGCCGCUGGAUAACGAGUGCUUAGAGAAGCGGGUGUUCCACCGGCUGCUGAGUGGCAUGCAUGCUUCCAUCUCCACACAUCUGUGCUGGGACUACCUCAACCAAACCACAGGCCAGUGGCAUCCCAACGUGCAAUGCUACAAGGACAGACUCUUCGACCACCCAGAGCGCAUCUCAAAUAUGUACUUCAACUUCGCACUAGUGUCGCGCGCCGUGGCAAAACUCCGCAAGCAUUUGGAUGGGUACACGUUCUGUACUAGCGACCCAGCGCAAGACCGCGAGACCAAAAAGCGCGUCAACAAGCUAACAGCGACUCUGUCGGAACUCCCCAAAAUCUUUGACGAAAAGAUCAUGUUCCAAGAUCCCAACACUGUCGGCCUGAAGGAGGACUUCCGCAAUCGCUUCCGCAACGUCAGUCGCCUGAUGGACUGCGUCGGCUGCGACAAGUGCCGCCUCUGGGGAAAGCUCCAAGUAAACGGCUACGGAACCGCACUCAAGGUGCUGUUCGACUACGACGAAACCAAGAACGGCGAGAACCCGCCCCUACGCCGCACCGAGUUGGUCGCCCUCAUCAAUACCCUCGGUCGUAUCUCGCACAGUCUCGCUGCUUCGCGCAGUAUGCAGCGAGCCUUGCUGACCGGAACUACUCACAUGUUCCCCGUUCACGGCGCUGUGCCCUCCUCCCACCAUGCCAAUGCCCUCGCCAACAACAGGCGCGUGUUCAAGGACGGGAAUAACAACUUCUACUAUGAAGGCGAAGGAGCCGAAGACGGGUUUGUCUACGGCAGAGGCGAGGCCCCAGAGCGAUACCCCUGGGAGCGCAAACCGCCUAACCCAGAUGACGGACUCUAUGAGGAUUUCAUCUCUGAGUGGAAUAUGAUCUGGGGUACGGUUGGACAUAUAUGGCAGUCUUGGAUGGACCUCCCACAUACAAUUUUCCAAAUCGGCGCGUCAGAAUGCAUCCGAUUGUACAAUUACUGGCUCGGAUUGCCGGUGCCUCCGCGCAUGUGGAAGCUGAAGACGCCGCAGCCGCGUGCACAUACUCAACCUGCUGCAUAUGCUAAUCGUGACGAGUUAUGA